GUGCGCGAGGCAGCGGUCGGGGCGGGCGGUGUUGGAUGGAGGGGCCGGUCCGGAUCGCCCGCGCGCUCUGGAAUGUGCUGGGGGCGGCUGCCGAGCGCGAGCGGGGGCGCUCUGGGCACGGCCAGCCCGGCUGCUGAGAGUUUUCUCAGUACCUUAUCUUAGUCUGGAACUCUGCUUUCAAUUUCUGUAAUCUGGCGCUAUGCAUCCGGAUCCCAGACCCUUACAGGCACUGCUCUUCAUCACUGCUACAGUUCUCUUCUCUGCUACAAGUUCAGAUAUGAUUCCUCAUUUUAUUUCUGAGCCCCUGGCUACUAUCCAGAAGCCUGGUGUGCCUGUAAAGCUUCAUUGCUCUGCUGAACCCUCCACAGCUCGCAUUUCUUGGAUGUUUAACGGACAGAGGUUGGACAGCAGGGUGGAGGAAGUGGAGGUGCAGCUAGGAUCUUUGACAAUCUUCUCUCUCAGCCCCUCAAAUUCUGGUCACUAUCAGUGCAUUGCCAAUUACAGUGCUGGUGCAAUUGUGAGCAGGCCUGCUGUAGUAUCCGUAGGCUAUCUUGAUGAUUUUGAUACUUCAGUGAAACACAUAGUUACAGCAGAAGAAGGAAGUGCUGCCUUCAUUGGCUGUAAGGUACCAGAAAGUAACCCUAAAGCACAAGUUCGCUUUCGAGUACGGGGAAAAUGGCUGGAACAAUCAACAGAUAACUACCUAAUUCUUCCAUCUGGAAAUCUGCAGAUUUUGAAUGUCUCUUUGGAGGAUAAAGGCUCCUAUAAAUGUGCAGCAUACAACCCAGUCACUCAUGAUCUCAAAUUAGAACCCACUGGACAUAAGCUCGUAGUCAGCCGCACUUCUGCAGAAGGCUUUCGCAUUCUUCACCCCACCGUUUCUCAGGCUUUGGCGGUACCUCAGCACAGUCCCCUAACUCUAGAGUGUGUUGUUAGUGGGUUGCCUGCAUCUCAUGUCCACUGGUUUAAGGAUGGUCAGGAUGCCCUAACUGGAGGCAGGUGGAGACUGCUGCACUCUCAUCUUGUGACCGACAGACUUGAUACAUUGGAUGCUGGAAACUACUCCUGUGUGGUGGCAAAUGAGUCUGGAAUAGUGAAAUAUAUAAAUUAUACAGUAACUAUACUUGAAUCUGCCUCAAUUUCUAAAGGACUGCAGGAUCAAACAGUGGCUGUGGGUGCAACUAUACAUUUCUCAUGUGACAUUCAUGGAAACCCUGCUCCUAAUCUUACCUGGUUCCAUAAUGCAGCUCCUAUCCAUCUGUCUCCACGACAUCUGGUCACAGGAAACAGGUUGAGAAUCACUGGCAUCACCAAGGAGGAUUCUGGGUUGUACCAGUGUGUGGCAAACAAUGGGAUUGGUUUUAUGCAAUCCACUGGGAGACUUCAAAUCCAGACAGGCAAAGGUUCCAAGCCGGUUAUAGUUUCUUCACCAGCUAGUGCCAAUGUGGUAGAUGGUGGUGAUGUUACAUUGUCAUGCAAUGCCACUGGACUACCUGUUCCUGUAAUCCGUUGGUACAACAGCCAUGGACUUAUUACUAGCCACCCCUCUCAGGUCCUACAUUCAAAACCACGAAAAUCUCCACAAACAAGAAGAGGCAGCACGAUUUUAGAACCCGUCUACUUCACCAUGUCUCGAGCGGGAUCGAGCUCCCUAUACAUUCAAGCAGUUACUCCAGAGCAUGCUGGGAAAUACUCUUGUGAAGCAACAAAUAAACACGGCUCAGUGCUGUCCGACGCAUUUCUUACCGUUGUUCCUUUUGAAUCUAGUACAAAAGCUGAAGAAGUCACUCCUAUGGAGGUUGCCCAAAGUGAUGAAGGUGAUGGAGAUUAUGAUACAGAAGUGGGGUUCUCAAAUUUGUCUCCGACAAAGUUGCAUCUUGAUGCAGUUGCUACAGAAAAGACACCCAAUGGGGCUUUGCCUCCCGAAGCCCCAAUCAUCCUCAGCCCUCCACAGACACUCAAGCCAGACAUGUAUAACCUGGUGUGGCGCUCUGGAAAGGAUGGCGGCUUGCCCAUCAAUGCUUACUUCGUGAAAUAUCGCAAGCUGGAUGAUGGUGUCAGCGUCAUGGGAAGCUGGCAUACAGUUCGUGUUCCUGGAAGUGAAAAUGAGCUGCUUCUCUCAGAACUGGAGCCCUCCAGCCUCUAUGAAGUUCUGAUGGUAGCGAGGAGUGCUGCUGGUGAAGGCCAGCCUGCCAUGCUUACAUUUCGCACCAGCAAAGAAAGAACAUCCUCCUCAAAAAACACUCAGCCCCCAUCUCCCCCACAUGGCAUUCCUAAAUAUCCUGUCAUUCAGGAAGGGACAAAUAACUUUGGGGUGGUCCUUCCAGACCUGUCUCGACACAGUGGAGUUCCAGAAGCUCCAGAUCGCCCUGCUAUCUCCACAGCUUCCGAGACAUCUGUCUAUGUCACAUGGAUCCCACGUGCAAAUGGUGGCUCCCCCAUCACUGCCUUUAAAGUCGAGUACAAGCGUAUGAGCCGAAACAGUGAUUGGCUAAUUGCAGCCGAUAGCAUCUCUCCUUCUAAACUGUCAGUGGAAGUUCGCAACUUAGAGCCAGGAGCAACGUACAAAUUCCGUGUGAUUGCUGUUAACAAUUACGGAGAUAGUCCACGAAGCUCACCGUCUCGGCCAUAUCAAGUCGCUGGCUUUACCAAUCGUUUUUCCAACCGCCCAAUCACAGGACCUCACAUUGCCUACACUGAGGCAGUCAGCGACACUCAGAUCAUGUUAAAAUGGACUUAUAUUACUUCAAGCAACAACAAUACCCCCAUCCAAGGAUUUUAUAUCUAUUAUCGGCCAACUGACAGUGACAAUGAUAGUGAUUACAAGAGAGAGAUUGUAGAAGGUACAAAGCAGUGGCACUUGAUAAGCCACCUGCAGCCAGAAACAUCUUACGACAUUAAAAUGCAGUGCUAUAAUGAGGGAGGAGAAAGUGAGUACAGCAACGUAAUGAUGUGUGAGACGAAAGUGAAACGCACACCUGGAGCAUCAGAAUAUCCAGUGAAGGAUCUGAGUACACCACCUAAUUCUCCUGAUCGUGCCGGAGGAGGCAAUGCUGGCCCAUCGAAUGGCCCUGUUCGGAGCAGCGACAUGCUAUAUCUGAUUGUGGGCUGUGUCCUUGGAGUGAUGGUCCUUAUUCUGAUAGUUUUCAUUGCCAUGUGUCUGUGGAAGAAUCGCCAGCAAAACGCCAUGCAGAAGUAUGACCCUCCUGGUUACCUCUACCAAGGUGCAGAUAUCAAUGGGCAAAUGGUCGAAUACGCUACUUUACCAGGCACAAGCCGCAUCAAUGGCAGCAUACAUGGAAACUUCAUCAGCAAUGGUAAUCUCAGUAAUGGCUGUCCACACCUCCAUCUCAAGGUUCCCAAUGGAGUUAAUGGGAUCAUGAAUGGUGGCUUGAAUGGAGGGACUGGCCUUUACCCGGGGCACACCAACUCUCUAUCCAGGACACACGUGGAUUACGAACAUCCCCACCAUUUAGUGAAUGGUGGUGGAGUGUACACAGCAGUGCCUCAGACCGACCCCUCGGAGUGCAUCACUUGCCGGAACUGUCGGGACAAUAACAGGUGUUUCACCAAAACCAAUGGCACUUUUAGCAGCAAGACACUACCUGUGGUGCCCAUAGUAGCACCUUAUCAACAGGACAGUUUAGAGAUGAAACCGAUGAAUCAUGUGAUGGUAGCCAUGUGUUUAGCCUCCACGGUCCCAGAACGCAGCGUCAAGAUGGAGGAAGACAGCAAGGAGAAAGUGGAGCAGCCAUCCACUCAGCAUUCUUGCUGUCAGGAAAAUAUGAAUCCGAUUAACAUAGAUUACCCAGAAGGUGACGUCUGUGCACAUUCGGAAACAUCAAAUCCUAUUUUGAGCUGGAGCCCUCUUAUUCUGCAGCCUGUUUCGAAGGACUGUAAUGAAAAAUCAGGAUGGAUUUCACCUGGUGUCCCUUUAAACAGCUCCGGGGACCUUCGACAGCUCCACACGCAGGAAACCUGAAGAAGCAGCAACCGUUUUCCCACUCAAAACCAGUAACUGCACAGCAGAGUCACUGACGAGGACUGAUGGAUGGGGUGUUAAUUAUAACAGAGAGAGUCACUAUUUAUUUUUUGUAGUAGUGUCAUGAAUGUAUCUUGUUUGAAAUGUUGGCCUUUUAAUAUUAUUUAUGCCUUGAGAAAUUCCUUUGUUUUUUCCACACCCUGUGGAAUUAGCCUGGUUAUGUAUAAAGUUUUGUAAUAAUAUAAAGAACAACAAUGGGAAAUACAGAGUGUGUUUUCCAUGGAUAUUACCAGCAUGAGAAGCACUUCUGCAAAGGAGCAUUGAUGUUGAGUGUGCAGAUUUUCGAGUGGAUCUAACCCGAGUGGUUCUGAAGUUCAUAGCAGAUUAUAGCCACCCUAUAGAGCUGCUGUGUCACUGGCAUCUGUUGCAAUAUUUUUACGGCUGAUUUGCCUGACUACAUUCGAAUGCUGUUGUUUCAGGCUCUCUUGAUGGAAAGAGAUUUGAUAAUUGAACCCCAGCCGAUCUGUUUAUACGAAUGGUACAGCUGGUCGAGUAGUAAUACAUCUGUUUGGGAGCCAGAGCCCUGCAUUCAGUUGGAUACUACUUAUCAUAUUUUUAGUUAUCUCCAAGUAUUGGAAAACCUCUAAUGUUCAGAGAAAAUUUCAUCUUCCCCAAACUUUCGUGCCAUCUAACAGGACUGAUUUAUCUGAACAUUCUUACUGGAAGGUCACUAUUUGUUGUUUUUAAAAGUAUUCGUGAUCUAAUCAGGGAACAGAAAGUAUUCCAUAUGACUUGUGGGACCAGCUAUAUAAUAUACAUAAGGAAUAAUCUACAUGAAUAAUUUGUGAACAGCCUGGAGUCUGAGCAUUGUUUAUUCAAGCUCGUCAGCACAUAGUGAUUUCUCUGAACAUAUUUGUUAUUCUUGUUAAAGGCUCUCAACCAAAAAAGGCUGCUCAAUUCAGAAGAGUUAUUGGCAGCAACUCUCUUAUUAGCCAGUUGUUUUGCAUUCUUGUGCAUGUUUUAAAUUUCGCUGCAGGUAAAUCGGGCUCAAUUUUCUAAAUUUACAUCUUAAACCUGCUCAUGCAUGCGCACCUUGGGAUUGAUAAACCAAGAGUAAAUGCCGGCAGGGCAAAGUGAACUCACUCUGAAAUUAGCGACAGAGUCCUUUUGGCACCUUUGUAGACCAACAGACGUAUUGGAGCAUAAGCUUUCGUGGGUGACAUGCAUCUGACGAAGUGGGUAUUCACCCACGAAAGCUUUUGCUCCAAUACGUCCGCUAGUCUAUAAGGUGCCACAGGACUCUUAGUCUGGAUCUGUAAAAAGCUGCAAACAUGGCUACCCCUCCGAUACUUGUCACUCUGAAAUGUCCAACUGCUUCAGUUUCUACGGCAUAUUAGUACUUAGUUGCCACUAAUUCCACUGGCUUAAUUUCCAGUUGCCUCAAACUGGACCUGUUCAAUUUACAGUAGAAUCUCCAGUGGUUGGUACUUUUCUAAUCCCCCGAGAUACACCGCUUACCUCGAUAUAACGCCACCCGAUAUAACACAAAUUUGGCUAUAACGAGGUAAAGCAGCGCUCCGGGGGAGGAGGGGUCUGCGCACUCCAGUGGAUCAAAGCAAGUUCAAUAUAACACGGUUUCACCUAUCACGCGGUAAGAUUUUUGGCUCCCAAGGACAGCAUUAUAUCGAGGUAGAGGUAUAAUAUUCAGUAGUGCUGGUAGUUGCGCAUCUCUAAACAUAACCCUGGUUAGCAGAGGCAGAUCUGUGGUAAGGCUCGCAUUCCUAAAAUAUGAUGCACUGUUAGCACAAAUGAUUUAAACUAAAGUAUAAUGACCGUUUUGUGAUGCGUUAGCCCUGCUUGUUUCUUCGCUUACCAAGGUAAUGUUCAAUCCUUUGCAAUGGAUCUCCCAGGGACUGAAUGGUAUUUUAACUCCACGGUUUGAGAAAAAGGGAAAAACGUAUCGUUUGUGUAAUAACACUCUCCUCGCCUGUUAAAUAAGAGCCCGGAGGUGUUGCUUUAGAAAAUUGAGCCCCGGUGCUGUCGCAAACGGUGUCCGACAAACGACAGCUCAGACAAUGGCUGUGUAUGAAGAAAUCUGCCUGUAUCUCAGACAUAGCAGCUGGAGUGUGAUGUAGGUGUUGCAAUGUUAACUGCACUUUUUUUUUUCAAAUUUAAUCAGAGUAAAUAAAACAAACUUUCACUUGUAAAACACUCUAUCCAAAAAUCAGAGCCUAUAACCCAAGGAAUGAGGCACAUAAAUCACAAUUACUGCCGCCCUGAGGCAACACAUGUGCAGUCUCCUUUUAAUGGAAUGAAUAUUUUCCUAGCGAGAAACGCCCCGAGGGGAGGGAGGGACGCAAAGCUGCCCUAUUUGAAUCGCAAACCACUUACGGAAGAAAUGAGGAGGUGGCUACAGGUGCACUGAACAGUAGAACCUCAGAGUUACAAACACCAGAGGUACGAACUGACUCGUCAACCACGCCUCUCGUUUGGAAUCAGAAGUACACAAUCAGGCAGCAGCAGGGACCCCCAAAAAAGCGAAUACCACACUGUACUGUAUUAAACAUAAACUACCAAAGGAAAAGCAGUGUUUUUCUUCUGCAUACUAAGGCUUCAAAGUCAAUGUUCAGUUGUAAACUUUUGAAAGAACAACCAUAACGUUUUGUUCAGAGUUACAAACAUUUCAGAGUUACUAACAACUUCCGUUCCCAAGGUGUUUGUGACUCUGAGGUCCUGUUGUACCACACUGAGUAAGAUAUGUGUAUCAUAAAGACUGGCUCUGUACUUUUCUAACUAUUGCAACAAAUGUCAAAUGCGGCAUGUGUAUAUACAGUGUGUGAAAAUAUGUAUAAUAUAGAAUAUAUAUUAUAUAUUUUAUAAAUACAGCCGUUAAAUGAGAACUUACUGGGUUUGAUCUGGGUCACUAUGCAAGAGUUUAUUGCAGUAGGAAACUAGUUGAUGCUGUUUUUGCUUGGUGGCUGGGAGAGGGGGCUGCACCAGAUGUGUACACAAGUUCUGUAUUCCUGCUGUCCAGGUGUACAGUAUGUGAUAAUGGAUUAGUCUGCAUGUUUGUGAGACCUAAUUAGCAUCCGAGGAAGGCAGACUCCCAUCGUCUAGUGUGAUCUAUUGAGUGCAAUGGCCGAUCUCGUUAGGUUACAAAAGUUGCCUGUUAAGAGAACUAGCAUAUUAAAUGCUUUGACAGAGAGAUUCAGGAAACUCUGCUGUAAGAGUUUGAUAGUUUGGAGCAGGAAACCAAGGCAGGUUCGUAUGAGCCCUUGGGACAUAAACUACUUUGAAAGAGUCAGAUUUUGGGGGUGGGGCUUCUACUCAAGGAAGAGAGUGUUGUAAUCUGCCACGUUAGCAGGGUCUCAUCGUGGACUGCUUUAUUUAUAAUGAAUAACACUGUUUUAAGUGUUUUUCUUUUAUUGUAUUUUAUUUAUAAAUAUAUAUAUGUGUGUGUGUUUGCCUUUCUUUUUAGGGGACAUGUGUUCUCCCAACUAUAAGUGCAUAAUUACAAAACUCUACGCAAAUCCUGCAUAGAUGCUGUGAUUCCCAGGUCAUGCAGAUCAGUCCAAUCCCAUCCUUAGACUUCAGCUAGCACCAGCUCCCCAGGAAAUGCUGAAAGACCUUGCCUCUCUGAAAACCCGCCCUGUUCUUUAAAGCUGGCUUGGUUUUGUGCUUUGAAUGUUAUUUUCCUUUGAAAUCUAGAGGGCACAAACUCUAGAAUCCUGGGUUCAUUGACAAGGCUUUUGGCACCAGGAGGAUGAGGUACAUUGCUAGAGCUGUGAUGAGGAAACUUAUAUUAACUGCCUAUGUUAUGCUUGACUCUAACCAGUGUUACGUUCUUUGCUUCUAUGGGCACUAUAUACAUAAUCCAGAGUUUGUGUUUUGUUCUUUGUUUUUUUUAAGAUUCACUGACAUCAGGCCUAUGUGCUUUUUACAGAGGCCCUCUGAAGCUUCCUGGUUGUUACUAGCCAAAUUUUGAUCUCUCAGAAACAAUCAAUUUAAAAAUCUCGUUUCAAACCUUUCCUCUUGGUACGUGCUCUAGUUAUAUAAUGGUCUGUCUUAAUAUGGGUCUUGGUAUAAAACAGACCAAGCGACCCUCUCUGAUCCUCCCAGUAUCUGAGACUGUCAUUCAGCUGCCCAAGGAAAAUUUUCUGUAUUUCACCUGUGUGGUCUUUGAAAGCAACGACUUAAAGAUGCAUGGUUUUUGUAUCAUAUAGAAAAAUGCUAUAUUUUCCUAAAAAAAAGUUGUAAUAUUCUUUUGAAAUUGUAUAUAUAUUUUUAAUGUAGUUUUUGACAGAAUUUGUUGGUGGUUUGAUUAAUAUUAAAGAGAAUGCUGCUGCUUUA